AUGGCUUCUACAAACAAGGUACCAAAGAUCGACGUUAAUAAACUUCCACCAUACUUCCUCCAGAUGUUCCCACAAGCCAAACAGAUCCUCACUACCAAUCCCAUGCCGGGAAGAGAAGCGGAGCACGCCGCAGCAAUCAAAGUGAUCCAGGAUUUUUUGAACACCGAUUUCCAGAAGCCAAUCGAUUUGGACAAUGUUUGCGGACACAAAGCUCCGGGAGUUGCGAUGAAAGAAGGAUACUGUCCAGCCUGCUAUAAGAAGGAGAAUAUUGACGAGUGUCUUCAGUACAUGGAAUUGUGCGAGAAGUAUGGCCCAGAAAGAGCUUCAAAUAUGAUGAAGGAAGCAGCAAUGACCAAGGCAUCUACCUCCGGGACUUCCAGCUCAUCGCAGGGAUCGUCUUCCUCCCAGAAGAAAAAUUAA